UACACAUGAUUACUUAACAAGAAAUUAGGCUUUGAAAGAGCAUACAUCAAUUAUUUAAUCCUGCGCACUUAUUUGUGGUGGAAAGUUUCCAUUACAUCUAAAUUAACGUUAGUUAAAAUACAUUAUUGUAAGGAUAAUGGGAUUUGUAGCUAUGUCAAAAUCAAGGACCUGCAUGAAGCAUCUCUGCACAUGGGUUGUCAACCCCUUGUAUUUUAGGCCUGAUUCACCUCCACAUAACAUCACAAAUGCUGUCAGAUUGAUCAUAAAUCCACACACAAGAUAUUACACCACUAAAAGAGACAAGCAAGCACAAUCACCAAAUGAAAAAGGCUUCACUCCUAGAACGAGACCCGCAUUCCCUCAUUCAGUAUUCAGUGCCGGAGCAGCCAGAAAAAGAGCCGAAUUUUUGAAACAUAAGUCAGGGUUAGAUACAGAAAAUGAUGAUACACCUGUGAGAGUCAGAGAUUCUCCAAAUAUGGUCCUUCCUGAUCGUCCUCUGACCCCAUCAGAAUGGACAAAUCUCAAAAAGGAUUUCUCCAGGCCUGAGCUCUUUGAGAAGGUGAUGAUGGAAAAUCUGGUCAGGGCCAAUGUAGAUGUCAACAUCGCCAAAUCUCUCCUGUCCUAUGUGGUCCAAGAUAAGGGUACUCUGUCUUAUGAAAUUCUUUUGAGGUAUCUCACUAUCUGUGUCAGGGCCGGGCAUCACUCUGAGGUGUUUGACGCUUAUGACAUUAUGAGAUCCUGCUUCAAGUCUCUGGACCUCGGAGCAUCAGCACUGUUUAUUAAAGGGUUCAGUCAAACUGAUCGUUGGAAGGAGGCGAUUUCCAUGCUGCAGGAUAUGAAAAAGGCCCUUCUGCCGUCUCCUCGUAAUUAUGGAGAUGUUAUUGCUGGAGCGGUGCUGCAUGGUGACUCUGAGACCAGCUGGAAGCUUUAUGAUGAGCUUCUGGAACUGGGUCUGGUGCCGGGUCAGGACACCUGGCAGUGCCUGUUUCAGAGCGGGAUCACUCAGCGAGGACAUGAGGAUAAACUAUUUGAUGUUCUUUCAUAUAUGAGAGAUAAUCAGAUCUACCCAGAGAAACCACUGAUGGAAACCAUCAAAGCUUGGUUUGAGAGUUUACCAGAUCAAAAAUGGAGAGGAAAGUUUUCAUCUGUCACCCCCAGUGGAGACUGCAGAAAUUGCAAGGCCUUGCUGGAGUCCAUUCAGCUGACUGAGGUAGAGUAUGCUCAGCUGAAGCACAACGUGAUGGAGAAAGUGAUCGAAGGAGGCGACGUCUUCAACAAAAGCAACCCAGAGGAGCUCAAAAGCUUCAAGAGUUUUGUGAAGCAGAGGCCUCCCUUUGACAUAGUCAUCGAUGGUCUUAAUGUGGCGAAAAUGUUACCUCAUGCCGCCCAGUCUGAAACGUUGCUGGCAGUGGUAUCAGAGCUGGAGCAGCAGAGCCUCAACAUCCUGGUUCUGGGCAGGAAGCACAUGCUACGACAUUCACGCAACUGGGACAGACAAAACAUGAGCCUGAUCAAACAGAAAGCACACUGCUUCUUCACAGAGGACAUUUCUGAAGAUGACCCAUAUCUGCUGUACGCCGCUUUAAACUCCGGCGUUCACUGUAAGUUUCUCAGUCGUGAUCUGAUGAGGGAUCAUAAAGCCUGCCUGCCGGACAGUGCCACCAGAUGCCUCUUCUUCAAGUGGCAGCGUGGGCAUCAGCUGGUCAUCAGCCAUUACACACCAGGAAAAAGAGUUCGAUUUGAGAGGAUCUUGAGUUAUGAUACCAUCAUUCAAACCAACGGCAGCUCCUGGCACAUUCCCUACGACCAGAAAGCAGAAGACAGAGCUUCUUAUGAGGUUCCUCAGAAAUGGCUCUGUCUGACUCGAGAUUAAUGAGAUGCUGAAAGUCUCAAAUUAAAAAAAAAUGUUUUGCAAAA